AUGUCAGGAACUCCAAUAUUACCAUUUACAGAAGCAAAUACUAAAAGAGUUUCAUCAUUGUUUAGACAAGCUUUAAGAACUGCUUUUGAUCAUUCUAUGAAAUGGGAUGUUUAUAGAAAUGCUACUAUAAAUAUAAGACAACAAUUUGAUGCUAAUAAACAUAUUUCAACUCCUGAAGAAUUAGAAAAAACAAUUCAAAAAACUAAAGAAAAAUUAGCUGAAUGGAAACAUCCAGAUCCUUAUAUUCCUCCAGGUAGACCAGGUGGUACUAAAUAUCAAAGAAAUAUUCCUGUUGCUAGAGGUCCUCUUGUACCUGGUGAUUGGUAA